AUGUCGACUGUUGUUUCACUCCUUUUCCUAUUUCUCAUCACACUAUGGAUCGUUUACGGACAAAAUCAUAUUACAGUACUCAGUCAAGCAGAUGAUCCGAAUUGUGCAAAAUGUGACACUCGGGCUGUGUGCAUACGUUUAUCUAAUGGAAGUGGUGUCAGCUGCGUGUGUCUUCCGGGUUUUGCUCUUUCUUCAUCAACAGGACGUUGUGUGCUUCAAGAAAUACCGCAAAAUGGCAUCUGCGACAGCCGUUAUGAAUGUUUUAAUGGAGGCUUUUGUUCAAACGCCACAAGUAGAUGCGUGUGUUCAUCGGGGUAUGGAGGUUUGAUGUGCGAACUGGAUAUCAAUGAAUGUGCUACUAACGAACGAAUCUGUGGAGCAUUCAGUUGUACAAAUUUACCGGGAGAUUAUAAGUGUGAUUGCGACUUUUUCCAUUCCGGAAAACGUUGUCAAAAUAUUAGUGGUGUUGGUAUAUUCGUAGUGACUAUAUCUUCGCUUAUUCUUUUAUUAAUUAUUGGUUUUCUGAUUUUAUUUGGUAUUCGAACACUUCUCGCUUAUCGAUUAUCAAAACGAGUAUCGAGAGAACGUGAACUUCAACUACAAAAUCCAUGUAUGGCGACAUUAACUGCAGGCGGAAUGAUGGGAGAUGAUCCGUUAGGAAAUGGCUCAUCGUUUAUACGUCCAAUUGGUCAUCGGAUAUAUGUUCCAAUGGAAACAAGCUUUGCUCAUGCAACCCGCGUCCAAGCUGAACGAGAGGAUGAUGAUAAAAGACAAAUUCCUCCACCACCGCCGAAAUACACAUCUUAA